CAAUUGGGUUGAAAACUGAAAAUUCAAUUGUGAGUGGGGAAAUCAGUCGGACAGGUCGGCAUCUGCGUCAAAAUUAGCAAGCGUGGCAUCACCGUAUCCUCUCAUACAAGUCGUAAUAAAAAUGAUGUACAAGACUCAUUUCCAACAUAUCCGUAACAUAUAUAGCACCUUAAUCACCAAUAAUGGCGAAAACUUUCUCGAGCUUCAGCAAUGGCGAAUUCUACAGUCACGUUGUUGAAAGCAGUCUUCAUCGCAUUGGGAAGCGUUAUGGUUGCUACUCUUAUCUAUACUAUCGCCAUUGAUGGUCUUCCGUUUCGUAAAGACCUCCUUUUCCCAUGGAUGGCAGCAACUUUGGUGGACUUCUAUAUCAAUAUUUUUGUUUUGGCGGUAUGGGUUAUCUACAAGGAAUCAAGUUGGCUCACAUCAGUAAUCUGGGUCAUACUUCUGGUUUGUUUUGGAAGCAUUACUACUUGUACAUACAUUGCCAUUCAAUUAUUCAAGCUUUCAGCUGAAGAAUCUGCUCAUGAUCCUAUGUAUCAUCUUUUAUUGCGACAGCAAGACAAGAAAGAUGCAUUUAGUGGAAGCGCACUUCAUUUGAUCGCUGCAAAAGUUAUUUUCAGUGCUCUAGGCUUCCUUAUGCUUGGAACCUUGGUUUACACUCUUAUAACUAAUGGUUCACCUUUCAAGAAGGAGCUUCUUGUACCAUGGAUGGUAGCAACGCUCAUUGAUUUCUACAUCAAUGUUGCAGUUUUAUCGAUUUGGGUUGGCUACAAGGAAUCAAGCUGGUUAAAUGCAGUCAUCUGGAUUACUUUGUUGAUAUGUUUUGGCAGCAUUUCGACCUGUGGAUAUGUCGUGCGGCAAUUUUUUCUGCUCUCUCCAUAUGAUCCCUUGUACCUUGUUCUGUUGAACAACCUUCAUAGGCUUUUGCGCAAGGAAUAAGGGUUCUUGUAUUUUUCUGAGGGCAGAAAGCAGAUAUGAGACGACAACAGUAUGGUAAAUCAAAGUUACAGGCAAGCUUUUCUACCCACCUUAACUGCUACGGAGCACCAAUAUUCUGAAAGACUUUGAAUUCUCUCAGAUUUUCAUUUGUAUUCCAAAGUGUGAUACUCAAAUUUUAAAUAUGUAUCUCUAUUAUAUUAGUGAAGGGGAUGUUGGAGUGAAAAGUUGGUUCCAAAAUAUAGAGCCAGCCUGUAUGACUUAACUCGAGAUUUGAUUUUCACCCAAAAAUGAUAACUUGAAUUCAAUCUAAA